AACCUCUUCACUCUGCGGGAUAAACACACACACACACAGCUGGCUGUCUCCGUUAUAGUCUGACGAGGAAGAUUACGAGAGAGAAGAGUGCAAAGAACGGAUUUUAUUUCUACAGCCUCUCAGGGAAGAAAUGACCAAGGAGACUGAGGCUCUGAUGAUUUUGCAGAACGAGAGUUUCAAUUACCCACGCUACCUUGACAGUUACCUCAUGGACUCCUGGAGCUACAUGGACAGUGUCGACAUCAGCAAGGCUAAACCUAAGCUGUCCACUGAUGAUGACCUCACCAGUAUCCCCCUUUUCUAUGACACUUGCAAGACUCCCAAAGAUCAGAAGUUGACGUCCUGUUCGCGUGCUGGCAGUACAUUUAAACCUAUGGAGAGGACAUCCACUGGCUCAUCCCCUGAGCUGACUACUCUGGAAAACUCCCACAUCAUGAAGCUGCUGUCCGAGAACAUUUCUGUCAGCCAGUCACAAGUCACAAAGCAGCUGUCACCGGGCAACAGCAACUACAUCCAGAGCAUGGCGGGCGACAGCUACGACAAGCAAGUCAUCAACAACAUCGUUGAAUCUCUUCUGCUGACCACACCGCAGAAACCAUGGCAUUCGGACACCUCGUACCCGGACGCUAGCACUGAAACUCUAGGUUACAGCAAUGACUUUGUUGGCCACUCCAGCCCUGUGUACUCCGACUCGUACUCAAACUCGCCUCCGGAGAGAUACAGGAAUGACUUUCAGUUCAUCCUUGGCGCCCCACAAGCUUCCCAAAACAAAAACACAGAGGUGCCCAUGGUCUACCUGAACAAAGGUCAGUUCUACCCCAUCACCCUGCAGGGAGUGGACAGCAGCGCUGGAGUUACGUGCAGCAAAGUAAAGACGGUGAUCAUGGCGGUGUUUGAGAAUGAUAAGAGUGCGGAGAUGCAGCUGAAGUAUUGGAAUCACUGGCACUCACGACAGCCGACGGCUAAGCAGAGGGUCAUCGAUAUCGCCGACUACAAAGAAGUGUUCAGCGGGAUCAGCAAUGUGGAGGAGGUGGCAUUCAAUGCCCUGUCCUUCAUCUGGAACACCAAUGAAGAAGCCAAGGUUUAUAUUGGCAUUAACUCCCUCAGCACAGACUUCUCCUCUCAGAAGGGUGUGAAGGGUCUCCCUCUGAACCUGCAGAUCGACACUUACGACUUCAGCUCCGGCUCUAACCACCUCAUCCACAGAGCCGCCUGCCAGAUCAAAGUCUUCUGUGAUAAGGGGGCCGAGAGGAAGAUGAGGGACGAAGAGCGGAAAAGAACGAAGAGGCGGGUCAAAACCAACGCAGACUCCACUAAUAACAACUCUAAUAAGCACACAGUGGUGUCCAGCUCUAUUGGAAAGGACUGCUCUUUCUUCAAAACACUGGAUGACCACAUCACCCAGCCUGUACUGUUUAUUCCCGAGACACACUACAGCAACAUGCAGCGACUAGCGCCCCCUAGCAGCACGGAGGAGAACGAGAGGAAUCCACUGAAGCGUAUGGCGGGUUACGACCCAGAGCAGUGCAGCCCACCAGCCAAACAGCCCCGCAAAGAACAGCAACAGAGAGUCCUACUGUACGUCCGGCAGGAGACGGAGGAAGUGUUUGACGCCCUCAUGCUCAACUCGCCGACGCUGAAAGGACUCAGACAAGCAAUUUCAGAAAAGUACGGCCUGCAAGAAGACACCAUUGGGAAAAUCUUCAAGAAGUGCAAAAGAGGGAUUUUCGUGAACAUGGACGACAACAUCAUCGAACACUACAGCAACCACUCUGCCUUCCUCAUCGACAUCUCCGAGAUCAUGGUCAAUCACUUCCAGGUCACGCUAAUGGAGUUAUGAGUGAUGCUGUGCCACAAGCCCCGCCCCCUUCGGAGGCAUUUUCCCCCAACCUGCCUUUCAAAAAGCACUGCUGCCUCUCGAACACAUUCGAAACGGGCCACAGCUGUUGCCACGGCGACAGCAUCCAAACUGGCCCUGUGUAAAUACAGUUCACAGUUUACUCUCCUUCAUUUAUAAUUAUUUUUUGUUUACUCAGUCAGCGACAGCUCACAGUCGCGCCUCCAACGACAAACUCCUGAAAUUUGUAAAUAUAAACUGUAAAUAGAAAUGAAUAUGGUUAAUGAAAAGAGUAUGACCGUGAUUUAUGCCAUGUACCUUGUGUUAAUGUUUCAACGAUAGCCUUGCGACGUCUGCCUGUUUUUACAAAAUAAAAGCCCUCAUCAUUUCUGUGGGAGGAAUAAGAAUGCGGUAAUGGUAUUGCUUACGUGUGCUGGUUGUUUUUUUUUGUUUGUUUGUUUGUUUUGAUUUCAAAGGCACACUUUUUAGGCCCGUACACUCACGGUCAGGACACUGUAGCUUCACACCAGCCUGCCUGUUUCACGUCCGAAGCUGUCCGAGCCAAGAAAGGCAGCUUCAGACUCCAAACCGUCACACAUUUCCACUUUCGUUUCCUGCGUUUCCGUCAGUGUUUCACCCAGUUUCAAAUCCGGCUGUU